AUGGGAAGUAGUGAUGAGACUUGCGCCUCUCUCCAGGCUGCGAUUGCUGCUGCUGAAGCACAGCUCGCGAACCUGAAACGCGAUCUUGCAAACGCUGAGGAACAAGCGGGCAACUCGGAGAGCGCAAACCCCGCGGCAAACCGUGGCGAAGGCCAAAAUGGCUCCGAGUCACGAUGGCCGUUGCUCCCGGAGGAGUAUAGACGUUACGGCCGACAGAUGAUUGUACCCCAAGUUGGUCUUCCAGGCCAACUCAAGCUGCGCUCCGCAAAGAUUCUACUCGUCGGAGCUGGUGGGCUGGGAUGUCCUGCAGCUCAAUACCUCGCUGGAGCCGGAAUUGGAACUCUUGGUUUGAUUGACGGGGACAAGGUCGAGAUCUCGAAUUUACAUCGCCAAAUCUUACAUCGAAGUCACAACGUCGGGAAGUACAAGGUGGACAGUGCUAUCGAAUCUCUGCGAGAACUCAAUCCACACGUAAACUACGUCGCCCACCGGACACACCUCACGCCAGGCGAGGCCCCUUCUAUCUUCCGUGAAUACGAUGUUAUCCUCGAUUGUACUGACAACCCGGCGUCGCGUUACCUGAUUUCCGACACCGCAGUGGUCAUGGGCAAACCUCUGGUUUCUGCAUCCGCAUUACGUACCGAGGGUCAGCUUAUGGUCCUGAACUACCCUCCUCGCCCGCCAGGGGAUAAAGAUGGUGGCCCGUGUUAUCGAUGUGUUUUUCCGAAGCCACCACCAGCUGAUAGUGUUGUGAGCUGCGCUGAUGGGGGGAUCAUAGGUCCGGUUGUUGGAACUAUGGGUGUUUUGCAAGCAUUGGAGGCAAUCAAAGUGAUUACCAGACCAGACGUGGACGUUUUGGAACACACUCCCCAGCGAGAUCCUCCUGCCCUUCACAUCUUCUCAGCUUACUCAAAUCCCCUUUUCCGCACAAUCCGUCUUCGCUCCCGGAGGAAUAAUUGUGCAGUAUGUUCUGCCGGUGCAACUGUCUCGCUGGAUACUAUCAAGUCAGGAUCUACUGACUACAUUUUUUUCUGUGGAUCAAUGAGCCUCCCAUCACUGUUGGAGCCAGAGGAACGUCUCUCUCCUCAGGAGUAUCAUCAACGGCAUCCACAGUCUGGAUACGAACAGCCCCCGUCAAAGACACACACGAUGAUCGAUGUUCGAGACCAAGCUCAAUUUGGCAUUUGCAACUUAGAGAACAGCGUGAACAUUCCUAUUUCACAGAUUUUGGCUUCUGGGCCUACUGCAACAGCCCAAAAAUCACAGGCGGGCGGUUGCGAAUCUGAAGUCCCCUCGUGGCUUCCCCCAGACAUCUCUUUGACUUCCAACGAUCCCAUCUACGUGGUUUGCCGGCUUGGAAAUGACUCUCAGACUGCUGUCAAGAAAAUGAAAGAUCUAGGGUUGGAUCGAAAUGGUCAGAGGUUCAUUGGUGAUAUCCGUGGAGGGUUCCGGGCCUGGCGAGAACAAAUUGACCCCGACUGGCCCGAUUAUUGA